CGAACCUUUUAGCACCAAUGCGAGUUCGAGAGUCGGUUAAGGCGCAUGAUACGAAGCGAGCGUCACUUUCCGCUUUUAUACGGGAAAAAAAACGCCGGUGAUAAGCGUCGCGACGCCGUCAGACGCUUUUCGAAUCUCUUUGAUAACGGUUUCAACGUGAGAACAUUUUUGUGAAUUAAAUUUAUCGAUUAUAUCCAUCAUGACUCUCUAUCUGCCUCUCUCUCUUCUCUUCCUCCUCCUUCUACUCCUCCAAAAAUCCACCUCGGACUUCACCUUCGAAAACUACAACAGCCAAAAACGUUCACCAACGUCCUUCAAUUGUUCCGUUUACUCGCACGAGGACGAUUUUGAGGUUCACUGCAGAGGAAACGGACUCACUCACGUGCCAACCAACUUGAACUCUACUCUUAAUCGAUUGAUCAUCUCCGAGACAAGGAACAUCACGGUGAUCACUAGUGAGGCGAUGGAGGCUUAUAGAGGAAGACUCCAAGAUGUUAUUCUUUCGGACCUGCCUAAUUUGCGCGUCAUCGAGGAGGGAGCCUUUGCCAAUAUAUCCAAUUUAAGGACAAUAUACAUCUACAAUGCCCCUCAGAUAAAAUUUAUUUAUGGAUUGUUAAAAGGGGUUUCUUCGAGUCACUUUCGAUCCUUGCGAAUAGUCAAUACGGGGUUGCACGAGGUGCCCGAGCUACACUAUCUUCCAGCGGAGAAUACUUUGUUCUUAUUAGACUUGGAUCACAAUAAAAUCGAAAAGUUACACAGCAAUUCCAUCAAGGUAUCCGCUCAACAGGUGACCUUAAAUUUCAACGACAUUUCCAGCAUAGAAGAUUACGCUUUUAACGGCUCUCAAAUUGGGAAAUUACACAUAACAGCCAAUCCUAAACUGACAGAAAUCGGAGAAUUUGCUUUCCAAGGCCUAAUGAACCUGAGAGAAUUAGACCUCUCGCAAACGUCCAUAAAAACUUUACCAUACUUCGGAUUGGAAACUUUGGAAGUACUUAAAAUUCGAGAUACCUCCUCGCUGCACACGAUUCCUAGUUUAUACGAUUUACAGAGUUUAAAAAUGGCCAAACUGACGCACCAUUUCCACUGUUGCGCCUUCAAGUAUCCGAAGCAACACUCGCCCGUUAAACACGCAGUUUACGAGCAAAACAUGCGGCAAAUCUGCAUCCAGAACCAAAAGACCGUCGGUCAAACAAACAAUUAUAAGAAGAGGAAAAGGUCUCUGGAAUAUUCCGAGGACACGGCGAGUUAUAUAAGAGGGAAAGUUCCCAAUUUUACUUUAAACGUUUUUCUUGCGCCGCAUCCGAAUUCGGUACCGCGGAAACCCUUGACCGGGGUAUUCAUGGACCAUCAGAAACCGAGAGAGUCCGAUUAUGUCGAAGAGGACGAUAUGGGCACGUUUCAUUCCAGUCCGACCCUGAUCAAUGAUACUCCUAUCGAAGUGUUUUGUGGAAAUAUUAGUUUUAAACUACAAACUGUCCAGUGCAGUCCUGCCCCGAACGCCCUAAAUCCCUGCGAGGACAUCAUGGGAUUCACGUGGCUCAGAAACUCGGUCUGGUUCGUGGUUAUUUUAGCUGUCGUCGGCAACAUCGCCGUCAUUAUUGUCAUUUGGUUUAGUAAAACUGAGGUAAACGUCUCGAGAUUUCUAAUUUGCAAUUUGGCAUUCGCGGAUUUAUGCAUGGGACUGUAUUUACUGUUAAUAGCCUCGAUGGAUUUUCAUUCGGUUGGGUCAUAUUUUAAUUUCGCUUAUGAUUGGCAAUAUGGAAUCGGUUGCCAAAUAGCAGGAUUCCUAACGGUAUUCGCAGGCCACUUGUCAAUUUUCACGCUAACAAUCGUAACGUUAGAACGAUGGUUCGCCAUAAAAUACGCGAUCGACCUGACCAAGAGGAUCAGACUGUCCACUGCUGUGAAAAUAAUGACUUGCGGCUGGAUCUAUUCGAUCGUGAUGGCGGCCUGUCCAUUGGUGGGCGUCAGCAACUACAGUAGCACCAGUAUCUGCUUGCCCAUGGAGGUGAAAUCGAUCCUAGACAAGGCCUAUCUUUACGCGAUAUUUGUGAUAAACGGACUGUCUCUGGGUAUCAUUGUCUUCUGUUAUACUCAGAUUUAUUUGAGUUUAGGGUAUGAGACCCGAAGGGUGAGCCAUAAGGGAGAAAUGACUAUAGCGAAGAAAAUGGCCUUGUUAAUUUUUAUAGAUUUUGCCACAUAUACCCCAGUAGCGUUUUUCGGACUUUGCGCCCUGGUAGGCUUCCCACUUAUCGACAUAACGAAAUCAAAAAUCCUUUUGGUUUUCUUUUAUCCGUUAAACUCCUGUGCCAAUCCGUACCUGUACGCCCUGAUGACCUCCCAGUACAGGCAGGACCUCUAUAUGAUAACUUCCCGGUGCGGAAUGUGUAAAAAAAAAGCGCAAAAAUACUCUAUAAGACAAGAUACUCCCAGGGGUAAUCCCGCUCCGUUGCUGUCCAAAGACGAGCCGCACCAGUGUUGCCACAAUAACAAUUGCUGCAGGUUGCAGCCGAAUGGCAACGGUGGCGAAAAUACUUUUGUUUGAAGUGUUGACAAAAGAAGGAGAAUUGUAUAAACUCUUUUGCAAUUUACGAAAACAGUAACGUGUGGCAACGUUGGAAUAACUUUGUUUUUUGUUUAGUAUUAACUUUAGUGCAAACUGAAUGACACGUUGCCAAAAGUGUAAUAAAAUAAGUUGUGAAUACCAGGGUAAGAGGUUUAAUACAAGUAAGAAUUUUUUUUUGGUUAAACUGAUUCAAUUUGAAUUCUUGUCAAAAAAUUACUGCAUUAAUAUAGUCAUGGAUUAAAAAUAAAACAAAAAUAAGAAAAUCCUAUAGAAGCGUAGGAACAAAUAGUUUUAUAAUCAGAAUUGUACCACAUUAAAUUUUUUUACCUAAAAACAAAUUCUUAAGACACUAAAUCAAAGUUAGGAUUAAUCUGUUCUCAGUUUUAUUGAGAAUUAACUAUGCGUAUGUUUAAUUAAUUAAGAUUCUAAUUAGGAAUUCAAUUUUUUUAGUUUAAUUAGGGCCAAUCUUCGAUCUCUCUUAACUGCCGGUUUAUUUUAGGGAAAUGUCCAUUUUUCUUUCUUAGAACCGCUACAAGACGGUGCUAUUUUAACGAAUAUAUUGUUAUAUUCAAAUAUUAAAUAAACAUUGUUCAAUUUGUA